AUGGCUGCUUCGGCGGCCUCCCUGUACGCCCGGCUUGUGGCCGGGCUGCUGUUGAUCUACGCCAUUGCGGUUGCUCGUCCCACCACCAGGACCGAGCAUACCUCGCUGCUGGAGCUGAAGAAGCAUCAGUUCGUUCUGCCGAUCAGCCGCGCCGCCGCAACCGCUGCCCACAACCAGAGUGGCGACCUGCUCAACAUCAACGGCAGCCUGGUCGGCGUGAACGACAGCCGCCUGCCGGCGAUGUUGCUGAGCUUGUACGACAAUAUGUCCCGCCUCAUACUAGAGGAACAGGACGCCAAGCAGAGGGCCGCCCUUCACGAUUCCCUGCAAGAGGCCAUGUUCGAGAACAUGGAGAAUCUCGUGCUACCCGGCAUGAGCGUCAAGAAGCGUGCCAAGCUGCGCAAGCUCGUGUACAGCUCCGUCACGGACAGAUUCUACGUCGCCCAGCGCUUUGUCCUGGUCGGCAUCAUUGUCGUCGUCGUCGCCGUGUCCCUGAUCGUGUUCGUGUACUGGUUCGUCGCGUACGUCAUCAGGGGCGCCAUGCGACGCAGUCCCUCCGACAUCGGCAUCACCGAGCUCGAGGACCUCGACAUCUACUCGACCGACGACGACGGCUCCUCGGCCGGCCGCUACAAACGGGCCAAGAUGAAAAUGAGCCUGACCGACCCGAAAAUUAUCCUCUCUCCGCGAAACGCGCUCCUCGGCUACAGAACGCUGCCGUGAGAUCGA